AAAAAUUGCCACGAAGAACAGAACUCAUUUUAGUGGCGCAUCAUAAUUAAACAAAUUAAAGCUGUACUGUCAGCCCAUUAAAAAAGUCACAACUUCAUAUUUGUUGCUUAACAUUUAAAGAACAAUGGGCUCAAAUCACAGUGUUCAUGUGCCCGGUGGUGGCACCGAAGGCUACCACGUACUCAAAGUGCAAGACAACUCACCGGGACAGAAGGCCGGCCUCGAGGCAUUCUUUGACUUCAUUGUGGCCAUAGCUGGCACUCGUCUCGAUCAGGACAAUGAUAUGCUGAAGGAACUGCUGCGUCAGAAUGUUGACAAGCCCGUCCGCAUCACCGUCUACUCGAGCAAAACACAAACGGUGCGCGAGCUGACAUUGACGCCCAGCACCAGCUGGGGCGGCCAAGGACUGCUCGGCGUCAGCAUACGUUUCUGUUCGUUUGAGGGGGCCAACGAGAGCGUCUGGCACAUCCUGGAGGUGCAUCCCAAUUCGCCCGCUGAACUGGCUGGCUUGCGUGCUUACAGCGACUAUGUGAUUGGCGCCGAUGCCAUACGGCAUGAGAACGAUGAUCUCUUCACACUGAUCGAGACCCACGAACAGCAGCCGCUCAAGAUGUAUGUGUAUAACUUGGAUGAUGAUGCGUGCCGCGAGGUGACCAUUAAGCCAAACACCGCCUGGGGCGGCGAGGGUGCGCUCGGCUGUGGCAUUGGCUAUGGCUAUUUGCAUCGCAUACCCGUACAGCAGCAGGCACCAGCGACGGCGCCACCAGCAACGGCAACAUCCUCGUCAACAUCAACAUCCGUGGCAACAUCAAAUAAUGCCGUUGCAACGUCGUUGCCCGUCGGUCAGACGGCGGCAGCGAAUGCAGCUGUUGUUGCACCCACAUUGCCUUAUAUACCGCCGCUAGCAAAUACAUUUGGGUCCACGAAUGCCGAGCCGCCGACGCAGAGCGUCUUCAAGACCUACUUCAAUCCCGAUGAUGGCACAGAUGCAUUAAGCGCUGCUCUCGAGACGCAAGCUACGCUGAAUCAGCCGCCAGUCGCAGCCGCAGAGCUGAUUGCGCUACCACCUGCUGCAGUUCCAGCUGUUGUUCCAGCUGAACCUGCACCUGCAUCGGCAACUGCACCGGUUCAGCCCGUUCCACCGCCAGCUAACAUUUAUAUACCCGGCGUUUUCGAUGGCAACGUUGGCGGCAUACCAGCUGCUCAAUUACCGUUUCCACAGGCGACAACGGCCACAAUGCCAGCGCCAGCUGUGCCCAUGUUCUCCAUGGCCGCACUGCCGCAACAACAACAAUUGCAGCAGCAGCAGCACCUGCAACAACAUCAGCAACAUCAUCAAAUUUAUAUGUCUGCACCGGCGACACUUUCGUAUCCGGCUGCCGGUGCCGCUGCCCAGACAGUGCCUACGUAUCCACAGGUGCAGCCAUCAAUGGGUGGACUAUUUCCCACGCAGCCGACACCGUUGCCACCGCAAAUGGCGCACGUCUUCACACAGCCACAACAGCAGGAACAGCAACAGUUGCAAUCACAACAAACGCCACCGGUAGCAGCAUCGGCCACAACAUCAAGUGCUUGAGCCCAACAACAACAGUAACUGACAACAACUGGACAACAACAACAGCUAACAACUAACUAUAACUGAAGUUAAUUAACUUGAAUUGUAUUUCUCUGCGACUCUGUUAAGUUUAUCAUGUGAUGAUUCUGUUUUUUAAUGAUUCUGAUUGCAAUGUUUCGAAAUCACAAGUGACAAACUGUCAAACAAAUUGCAUUAAUAAAUAAUACAAUAUAUAUAUAAA